GCAGGAGGUGUAGUCCGGGUGGGAGGUGUCUUAACCAGUACCAUCAACCUCUUAGUCGCUGAUAGCAAGUAAAUGGUUUGAAACCCUAGAGGAACACUUGUCCAAGGGUGACAGAGUUAAUAAAAGUGCUGUUGAUCAUGGAUCCAAGUACAAGCGGACUUGCCCAGAAGUUGGCUGAAGCCGGCCAAUCUCACCUCCUUCAAUUCUGGAAGGAGCUGAGCCCUGAGGAGCAGGCUGAACUGAUCCAGGGUCUGCAGGGGAUGGACUUUCAGGAGAUCAAUGGAUUCUUCAAAAGUGCCAUGGAGACAUCCAGCAACACCAAACAGGAGAAAAUGGAUGCUCGCAUGGAGCCAGUGCCCAGGGAGGUGCUGGGGAGUGUGACGAGGGACAGGGAGAGUUUAAAAGACUGGGAGGUAGCAGGUCUGCAGUGCAUCUCUCAGAGCAAAGUUGCAGUGUUGCUGCUGGCCGGUGGCCAGGGAACCAGGCUGGGUGUCUCUUACCCCAAAGGCAUGUAUGAUGUGGGGUUGCCGUCCCACAAAACCCUCUUUCAGAUCCAGGCUGAACGCAUACUGAAGCUGCAACAUCUGGCUGAGCAGAAGCACAAAACCAAGUGCUGUAUUCCCUGGUACAUCAUGACCAGUGGUCGGACAAUGGAGUCCACUAAGGACUUCUUCUUGAAACACAACUAUUUUGGCCUGGGCAAGGAAAACAUCAUCUUCUUCCAGCAGGGCAUGCUACCAGCCAUGGACUACAAUGGCAAAAUCAUCCUGGAGAACAAAGGAAAGCUCUCCAUGGCCCCUGAUGGGAAUGGGGGUCUCUACAGAGCUUUGGGGAACCAGGGGAUUAUGGACAAUAUGGAGCAGAGGGGAGUUGAAUUCGUCCAUGUGUAUUGUGUUGAUAACAUCUUGGUCAAAGUGGCCGACCCCGGCUUUGUUGGUUUCUGUGUACAGAAGGGUGCGGACUGUGGAGCUAAGGUGGUAGAGAAAACUAAUCCAACAGAGGCAGUGGGUGUAGUCUGCAAGGUGGAUGGCCGCUAUCAGGUGGUGGAGUACAGCGAGAUAACUCUGGCAACCGCUGAGAAGCGCAGCGCUGAUGGCAGACUUGCGUUCAAUGCUGGAAAUGUUGCCAAUCACUUCUUCAGUUUCUCCUUUCUUAAAGACAUCGUACAGAAGUACGAACCACAGCUGCAGCACCAUGUGGCCCAGAAGAAGAUCCCAUAUGUGGAUGCACAGGGUCAACUAAUCAAACCAGACAAACCAAAUGGGAUUAAAAUGGAAAAGUUUGUCUUUGACAUCUUUCAGUUUGCCAAGACAUUUGUUGUGUAUGAGGUGCUGCGGGAGGAUGAAUUCUCCCCUCUAAAGAACGCUGAUAGCCAGGAUGGAAAGGACACACCCACUACAGCCAGACACGCCCUCAUGUCCCUCCACCACCGCUGGGUGCUCAACGCGGGGGGCCACUUCAUUGAUGAGAACGGCAGACGUGUGCCCGCCAUACCAAGAGAUGGAGCAGCAGGCAGUGUCACAGAUGCUGGCAACAGAGACCUGAAGGAUGGAACAGACCUGCCAAUCAAAUGUGAGAUUUCCCCGCUGGUGUCCUACGGGGGAGAGGGCCUUGAAGAGUUGGUGAAAGGACAAGAGUUUCAUCCAACCCUGAUGAUCGACGAGAACGGAGUCCACGAGUUAGUGAAGAAUGGAGUUUAGACAAUGAAGAAAAGAGAGACAACCCAAAGACUGACCUGACCACGUAUGCAGGGAGAUACUGUGAUGUCAUCGCUGUGCAAUAAGAAAUGUUGAGUGCAUGUUUUCAUAAAGUGGCUGUACCGUCCAAAAUUUAUGAAUGAGCAAGAUGAAGUGUAACGUUUACAACUCGUCACCAAGUUUUCUUUGCCUUGUAUGUUAAUGUCAUUGUUCAUAUUUGUGUUGAAGAGCACUUGGCAACAGAAUUAGAUGAAGGACAAAGUCUCUGUCAUACCGACUGGAUGAAGCAGUCUUCAGGUGCAUCUAUUUAUUUUGCUUAUGAGACUUAUUUUUAUAUGUACUGAUAGAUGCUCAAUAGAUGGCAUAUACCAUCUAUCCAUUUUAUCUGUUGAUUUUUAUACAACAUUAUACUGAGAUGACAUCAUUGGAGAGAUUUUUCUUACUAGCAUGUAAUCAAAGUAAAUGGUACAGGGGUUGGGGGGUAUUUAUAAUAUUGGCUUCUCUUCUGUUUGGAAUCAUUGAAGAUGAGGUAUUAUCCAGCUUAAAGAGAUGCUUUGAUUACUAUCAUCUUUAUUAAACAAAUGUCCCAAGGUGAAAAAAAUCUGUGUGUGUGUGUUACAUUUAGAAUAUGUGGCUGUAUGUGUAAAGGCUUUCAAAAUUAAUUAUGUGAGAGUUUUGGUGAAUUAACCAGCAUGUGGCUAUGACUAUCACUGCUCUGUGUGUAGCUGUCGAUUCAGAGUUUCCAGCACAUGUUUUAUGUUUUAAGAUUGGCCUGAGUGUGCAGCUCUGCUGCAGCUAUGCAGGAAAUCUUCUUUGAGGCUCCACUCUAAGUUAUUUGAUUUCUUUCUGAAGCUCCAUAACUGCAAGAAGAUGUGAAAUAACCAGAGGUGGAAAGAGCACAUGACUAUUGUUCUAAAGUAAAAGUAUAGUUACUUUGGUGAAAAUGUAUUUAAUUAAAAGUACUGGUCUAUAAAUCUACUCAAGUAAAAGUAUAAAGUAUUUAAUUGAAAGUUUUCAAUUAAAUACUUUUUAACUUAUCUAAUAUGAGAUUAAAUCACAGUUUGUCCUACUGCAAUUUUCAAAUUGCAAAGAUAUGAUAUUUCUCUGACGUAAAAUGUGUUUAAAUACCAUUUUACAACUUUUUUUUGAAGCAGAGAUGUUAUGCCCUCCACAUCACACAAGAAUUCAAGUGUUUUUUUUAUAUAUAAUAGUUUGCAAAAACCCUACUUUCCAUAAUUUGUUUACAUUUUUCUUACUAGAAAUUAUAAUGACAUAAAAAUGAUAAUUCCCUUCAAUAGAACAAUUCUUAAUGAAUUUGUCAUGAGUCCAAAUUAUCACAAUUAAAUAUAUUUUUGAAUUAUUCAGCCCUAUUUAUUACUGACUUUCAUAUUGAUGUUUACGCCACACUUAUAGCAGAGCUUUAUGUUGUCAUGAUGAUUGUUUACGAGGCUUUAAGAUAAGUAAAUCAGUCAAAUUACUGUUGUGACUGAAGUAAAUGAAUAAAAAUAUGUCAACAACUGAUUCAUGCAUCAUCUAAUUUCAUCCUAACAUAUAUACCUGUCUUACAGGAAAAACUUGUCCUUUUGGUAUUGUGUUUGUUAUAAUGAAGAAUGAUUUAUGCUUGUGGGUC